AAAUGACAGCAAACGUCAUUCAUAAUUCAUUGCCCAAGUCGGUCGAAUUGAAUUAAGUUAUUUUUGUGCGCGUAAUUAAUAAUUCAGCGUAAAUGGAAAAAAAUAGUGUCCUGAUAGGAGGAAGCAGAAGCUGAAGUGUUUUUUUCCUUGUGUGAAAGUGCGAUAAAGUGACAUUCAUGGCUUCUACACCAAAACAAGUGAACGGCAAACCGUCGAAUAGUAACGGCUCCUUGGGAAAGCGGAAGAAAUCUCGUGGGAGCAGAGGCUCGUACCUGUCCAAAUGGUUAGACAAGACAAUGCACCACAUCCAGGAAGCGACGCCUAGCAUGGAUACUUACGAUACCUUCGUCAAUCCCAAUAUGAAUUAUCCGAUGGGUGGUUCUCAGUUCGCGCCCGGUUUUGAUCCUUACCGACAAAUUUAUGGUAUGGCACCUGAGCCGAUGUCUCUGCCCACACUGCCUACGUACUGCAACCCACCGAUGAUGCCGUUUUACGGGCCGGAGUUCUACCGGUACUCGGGCGUGCAGAGUGUAAACAAAAGCAUCCAAGUGCAAAGGCCGCGAGUGCGGCGCCGCAGCGACAACAAAGUGGAAGAAUCGAACAACACCUCGAGAAACGUGACACCAACUCACACCCACCAAAACAGCUACUUACAACCAAAGAACUUAUCAGACAGCCAGGACUUUGCCAGUUUGCCUCCAAUAGUCACCUCUGUAAUUGAUACGAAUUCAAACAGUGACAUGAAUGGGAAUGACAAGGAUGAAGGUAGUAAUGCAAGGAGGUACAGUGACCCCUGUGUGAGAGGCCUGCCUGAUGUGGCCAGGCCUGCUAAUGGGGAUGUGGAGACCGGCUCUGAAGCCAGUUCAGACAUGUCGGGAAGCCAAGUGGGAAGUCGACUCUUAACAUGUCUACUGGACCAGAUUACAUCACUAAAAUUGGCAAAUGAAAGACUGACUAAAGACUUAAUGGAUAGCAAAGUGGAAUUGGAGAACUUACGGCAGCACAAUGCCAUUUUAAAGGGUUCCAGCUCAAGUAUCGGUCCAACACCUAAUCACUCACUUAAUGAUAAUGUGUACGUCACAGGGCAGUACGCUCCAGGGUUCCUGACUGACUUGGUGCGAGAGAUCCGGGACGCGGCGCGCAUGCGCGAGGAUGCUCUAUAUUCGCGUGUCCGCGCUAUGGUCGUCGAGAGAAACGAUAACGGGUUGGCGUCUUCGGAAAAUAAGUUUACGGAGAAAGCUCUUGAAGAGAUCAAGAGUUCUCUGCGGGCUUCGGAAGCUGACAAGCGUCGUAUGAUGGAUCGUAUCGUUAAACUGGAAGACGAAUUGCGAGUACUAAGACUGACCAAUGGUAUCGAGUCCAACGAACAUAAAAUAACGAACGGCAACGCGGAAGACGCUGACGCCGAGCGCAUGCGCCUGCGCAAAGAGCUCGCCGACAUGCGCAAGGCGAAACAAAACGCCGAGGAUCAUUCUCUUAAACUCGAACGUCUUGUAACACAGCUACGUUCGAAAUUCAACGGGCUGCAACUCACGAACGGGCCCGAUUCGUUGCCGAGCGAUGCCGAACACGACACGAGCGUGCGCGCGCGCCGCACGAGCGUCAACUCGGCGAACAACUCCACUGUGGUGUUCGGCCCAGUUACUGAUUUGUAGCGAAUGGAAAUCGCUAAUGCGGCCAUCGGACUCGCCGCCGAUCUAUUCUGGUCUAUAUUGUAUAAGUUCUCUUGAGACUUUGAUAGUUUGUGAUUUCGAUAUGAAAAUUGAUAGUCAUUGUAGUUCGGCUUAAUUAUUAAUAAGUCUCCUUGGUGCACGUUCGUUUCGUCGUUGAAUCUCAAUCAAUGGAAUUGAUUAAUUAAGUUAGUUGAAAAAACUAGCUCUUCAUGUGAAAAAUUGAAUAAAAGUGUCCUAAAUGUGUUUUGCCUGUUUGCUGUGUGUAUAAUAACAAACAAUUAAAAUAUGUAGCUUUAAAAGACUCACAUCACAUUUGCUAGCUUAAUAAAUAAUUGUCAUUUUAACAAUUUAUUGUCAAACUUCGGGUUACUCCGGCUAAUUUCGUAUGAAAUCGUAUUCCCUGAUAGUCUAAUAAUAAGCUACGUUCUAUACGAAUGUAGACGGAAAUACACGACUCGAACAUAUGGGAGAGAGUUUCUGAUAUUCGACGAUUCGACUCAAAACAUACUAAUAGGUUUUUUGUAAAAGUCCUUGGAGGCUUUCAGCCGUUUCUGGAAUAACGAUACACAGCAUACGCAUAACAAAAUGGCGCCCAUAGUUGUCAAACUAUAUUUUUCAUUGUCAAGUAAAAUGGGGAAAUUCGUCCAAUAUUGGAGGCAUAAUGAAAGGCCUAAGUCAAACACAAAAAUUGAUAAAACUAUUGGUGCUUACUUUUACGUUCUCAAAAUAUGUAUGUAAUCAUUUCUGUACGACACAUAUUAUAACUUACAUAUAACUAACUUGUACUUAAAAUUAUAAAUGUUUGCUCAUUUCGUAACUGAUGUGAUUGUUUUGACUGAAAAUUUAUAUUGUUUUAGCAUAUAUCGUUCAACUUACAGCUAAGUGUUGUGAUAGCUGUUGAACAAAUUCACAAAAAUGUAUGGUCACUAACAAACGCACUAAAAAAUGAAUGAAACACAUUAAACGACGAGCAAUAAAAAGUGUAAUGUUUAUCGGUCACCGGUGCCCUAUGCAGCAUUUAAGGGACUGAAUAUACUUUUGGUAUUUAGGAAUCAUUCUGUAACCAUAACAAGUAAAGUUUCACUUCUCUAUGCUCAUUUAAAGAACUGUUUUGCGACAUUAUCAAUAAACCAACGCAAUUCUAAGUAGAUAAUUAUUAGACAAACCAAUACAAUUUUGUCAAUUUGUUCAACAGAUUACCGAACUAUCGUCGCAAUAAUUAUUGUUUACGUUAUAACAUACACAAUAACAUUAUUACAUAUCAUUUACUUAUUUAAGGCUAAUUCAGACGAGGCGAGAAAUAUCGUACAUUGUGCUACAUUGCCGGCUAUAAUACAUCAUACUUGAUACCACACCUGUUCGACUUCGCAAUGUAUUGCAACUCACGCGAUAUUUCCUUUCUAGUCUAAGUAAGCCUUUAUAAAGUCACAAUGCACGGUUGUUUAACGUUUUCGACCAAUUGGCUUUUCACACCUUCGUAUUAAAGUGUUUUAAUGUUUGCUAUAAGUCAGCAUUAUUGUUUGUGCUAAUGUUUUUCUCAGUUUUACGCUAUUUAUGUACCAUUGGAUACCAUUUUGUGUACUCGUGUUUUGUUUGACUGAAAUCUUCAUAUCGUUGUAUGGUUCCGUACAUAUUAGCUCUGAGGUGAAGCUCACAUAAUGGUUAUGUUUCGAUAAAUUGCAAAUUGUUGUUGAGAAUAAGUUGGUUCAAUUGACUUGAUUCGUAUUUCGAAAUGUUAGUGUGCUUUAAUUCUUAUGCAGAUUUUAAUUUAUAACAAAAGUUUUUAGACUCGUUUAAAAAAACUUUCAGGGAAUUGAUAAACAUUUUAAUGUAUUUUAGUCGAUGCGUUGUUUCCACGAAUAUUCUCAAUCUAACAUUAGUCUCAAAAUUAACUGAAUUUUAUCAUACAGUUUUGUCUAGUUAUAUAAAACUGCUAUUUUUAACACGAACAUGCGUAAUUCGUAUUUAAAAAUCCAAGUACUUGUUAACAUGAGUUAUUUUGUUUGGUUUUUAAUGUGAUAAUUAAUUGAUUGAAGAACCCCCUGUGAAUAUUUUGUGUCCAUAUAACAGAAUAAUUAUGUUUGCAUGUCCACAAAUAGUUUGCAAGUCAAAUUUGAUCGAGAAAAGUCAAUUUAUUAAAGAUAUUGUCAUAUAAACUAAAAUAUAAAAAGCUCGUUAAAUUAUUGAUAAUUUUGCUCAAUGACAAUUUCGUAUUAUAUUUAUGCUCAUUAAUAAAUAUUGUUAUUAUUAAGCGGCUGAAGACUAAUUUCAAAUAAUACUCAAUGAGACAAAAACUAACAAAGAUUUUCGAAUUAAUGUUUUAUAAUUAUUUGAAUUACAAGGUAAGUGUAGUGUGAUUGUAUUAAUAAUUGUGUUAUUAUUUUUAUUUAACGAAUUUAAUUCUUGGCUUAGUGUUUCGUGUGUGAUUGUACUUUCUCAAAAUCGUGUUUAAAUGUCACAAGUGAAAUAACAAUUAACGAAUUAAUUAUUUUAUAUUUGAGACCGCCAAGAAAAUUGUCUGUAGUGAAAUUGUAUAUUGUAGUUUAAUAAUAGUUAAAAAACUACAUCGUAAAAGUAGGAGUUAAUUUAGUCAUGUAACACUGUAAAACAUUAAUUCAAAUUGUAAUCAGAUUUCGAAAUAACAAUGUAGGUAAGUACAGAAUUUUCUACAAAGUAAAAUGUUUCUUAUUCCCUUUUAUAUACGAGUCAAUUUAAGUCUCUGGUACUGAAAAUACUGAUAUAUUAGUUUCCAAAGUACUACAUCUACAAGGACUUAAUCGACUGCACGUAUAGCAUAGUGGGGCUACCAAGCCAAACCCACGGUGUGCGUCGUGUCGCGGGUUCGAUUCCCGCGUAGGACACGCAUUUAUGUGA